CUCAACCUUGUUAAUAUUCUUCUUAAUAUUAAUUUUAUUAUUUCCAACCUUAUUAAGGUUAUUUCCAACUUUUUUUACUCCACUAGUCUCUCCAACGUCCUUAUACUCUUUAAUCUUCUUGUCUCCAACCUUAUUAGGGCUAUUUCGAACUUUUUCUUCUUCUCCAACUUUUUUUCCUCCAAAAGAAGCUUUACGAGCCUUAUACUCUCCAAUGUUUUUCUCAGUAUUAAUUUUAUUAUUUUUGAACGUGUUAAGGCUAGUUCCAACGUCUUCCACUCCAACAUUUUUUCCUUCACUAGAAUCUCCAAUUUUUAUGUUAACAUUCUUCUGUUUAUCAACAACUUUAUUCGAGUUAUUUCCAGUUUUUUCUUCAGCUCCUACUUUUUUCAAUCUACUAGACUUUCUAAUUCCCUCAUUCACUCCAACGCUUUUCUUCUUAAUGUCCUUUAGAGAUCGGAAUUUUAUUCCGUACCAUAAUACCGUAUAAUUCCGUACAGUAUUCCGUACCGUAAUACCGUACCGUAAUACCGUACCGAUAAAUACCGAUAAAAUUCAAAAUUUUACGGUUCCGUAAAACGGUACGGAAUACCGAAAAAUACCGAUCAACUUCAAAAUUUUGCCGUACCGUAUUCCGUGCCGUACUACCGAUACGGAAUACCGAUAAAUACCGAAAAAUACGGCCGUGGUACGGUACGGUCCGAUCUCUAAUGUCCUUUCCAACCUUCUUAAGAUUUUUCUCAACUUUCUCCUCUUCUCCAUAUUUUUUCCCUCCAAAAGACUUUCUAAUUUCUUUUCCGACAUUACCAGAGGUAUUUCCAACUCCUCCCUGCCAAGCGUUUUUUCCUCCAGUAGGCUUUCUAAAUAUCUUUCCAGGUACUUUUCCGUUAUGACGUAUCC